GCAGGCGCAGUGGCCGGGGAGCGGGGUUGGGGGCGGGUCAGGCCUAGGGAAUGCUUUGGUCCUGGGCUGUGGGUGAGCGUGGGUGAGCCCCUGAGGUGUGGUCCUCCGUCCUGAGGCGGCACUGGCGGCUCCUGGACGCUCCUCCCCAUUUUCUUUCCUUUACCCCGUCUUCCCAGUGUGAUUUUCUUGAUUUGGGGAAACAUGAAAAGGGUCAAUUCAUUCUUUCUCUAGACUUUAAAUUUUUCAGACUCCAUUUUUUGCAAAGAUUGACUUUGCCUCAGCAUCAACAAACUCUUCAUCAGAGAUUGGUUCCUGUGUAUCAUAUGGUUUACAAGUCAGUGGGAAUUAAGCACAGCACAUUCAAGCUGAAAAGCCAGAUAAGGAAAUGUACUCCUUCUCUUGACAGUUCUAAUCUAACCUGGCUAAAGCCAGUUUUUAGGUGAACUUGGGCAGAAAAGUGAAGAGAAUGCUGCACUUUAACCGAUGUCCGCAUCUGAAACAAAUAGCCCAGAAAUGUUUUUCUAGUAUACAUGUUAGAACGGAUAAACAUGUGCAGCUGUUUCUUUCAAGAACCUUUGCACUUGCAGAAUUCAGGAAGUCAUGGCACUCAACCCACUCUCUUGUUGGAGACAAAAAUAUUAUCCUGAUGGGACCGCCUGGUGCUGGGAAAACAACAGUAGGCAGAAUAAUAGGUCAGAAACUAGGUUGUUGUGUCAUAGAUGUGGAUGAUGAUAUCCUUGAAAAAACCUGGAAUAUGAGUGUGUCUGAAAAAUUACAGGAUGUUGGUAACGAGCAAUUUUUAGAAGAGGAAGGAAAAGCCGUGUUAAACUUUUCUACAUCUGGAAGUGUGAUUUCCCUUACGGGGUCCAAUCCAAUGCAUGAUGCUAGCAUGUGGCAUCUGAAGAAAAAUGGGAUAAUUGUAUACCUGGAUGUACCUCUGAUAGAUAUAGUCAGCCGCUUAAAAUUAAUGAAAAUCGACAGGAUUGUAGGUCAGGAUGCUGGAACACCUAUGAAAGACUUACUGAAGUUUAGAAGACAGUAUUAUAAGAAGUGGUACGAUACCCGGGUUUUCUGUGAAAGUGGGGCUUCCCCAGAGGAGGUCGCCGAUAAAGUGCUCAGUGCAGUCAAACGAUACCAAGAUGUGGACUCAGAAACGUUCAUUUCCACGAGACACAUUUGGCCCAAAGACAAUGAACGGAAGGUUUCCACAAAAUUCUUCAGCGAAGCAGUGAUCGAGGGGUUAGCCUCUGAUGGUGGACUCUUCGUCCCUGAGAAAGAGUUUCCGAAAUUAAACUGUGGGGAGUGGAAAAGCCUCGUAGGAGCCACCUACAUAGAAAGGGCCCAGAUCCUGCUGGAAAAGUGUAUCCACCCCGCUGACGUACCUGCUGCCAGACUGGGAGAAAUGAUCGAGGCUGCUUAUGGGGAAAACUUUGCCUGCUCAAAAAUUGCCCCCGUCAGGCACCUCUCAGGCAACCAGUUCAUCCUGGAGUUGUUUCACGGACCCACAGGGUCAUUUAAAGAUUUGUCUUUGCAGCUCAUGCCUCAUCUUUUUGCACACUGUAUUCCACCAAGUUGCAACUAUAUGAUCCUUGUAGCUACUUCCGGAGACACCGGGAGCGCAGUCUUAAACGGUUUUAGCCGUAUUAGUAUGAAUGAUAAGCGAAGAAUAGCUGUGGCCACAUUUUUUCCUGAGAACGGUGUAAGUGACUUUCAGAAAGCACAAAUAAUUGGCAGUCAGAAAGAAAAUGGAUGGGCAGUGGGUGUCAAGUCCAAUUUCGAUUUUUGCCAGACAGCCGUCAAAGGAAUUUUUAGAGAUUCUGAUUUUACUGGCUUUCUUAUUAUGGAAUAUGGAACAGUCUUAAGUUCAGCUAAUUCCAUAAACUGGGGCCGACUGCUUCCCCAAGUAGUUUAUCAUGCUUCUGCAUAUCUUGAUCUUGUUAGCCAAGGAUUUAUUUCCUUUGGAAGCCCGGUCGAUGUCUGUAUUCCCACAGGAAACUUCGGUAACAUUUUAGCAGCAGUGUAUGCCAAAAUGAUGGGAAUCCCUAUUCGCAAAUUUAUUUGUGCCUCUAAUCAGAACCACGUUUUGACCGAUUUUAUAAAAACAGGACACUACGAUCUAAGGGAAAGAAAAUUAACACAAACCUUUUCACCAGCAAUCGAUAUUCUUAAAGCUUCAAACCUGGAACGACAUUUGCACUUGAUGGCUGAUAAAGACGGUGAGUUAAUGACAAAAUUAUUUAAUCAGCUCGAAGAGCAGCAUCACUUCCAGAUAGAGAAGAUGCUGGUGGAGAGACUGCAGCAGGAUUUUGUCGCUGACUGGUGCUCCGAGGGAGAGUGUCUGGCAGCCAUCCGUUCCACUUACAACACUUCAGGGUAUAUUCUGGACCCACACACUGCUGUUGCAAAAGUGGUUGCAGACAGAAUGCAAGACAAAACUUGCCCAGUGAUUGUCUCAUCGACGGCUCAUUACUCGAAGUUUGCACCUGCUAUCAUGCAGGCUUUAAAGAUUAAAGAAAUCAACCAGGCUUCAUCAAGUCAGCUUUAUUUACUGAGUUCCUACAAUGCGUUGCCUCCGCCGCAUGAAGCCUUAUUAGAGAGAAUGAAACAGCAAGAGAAGAUGGAGUACCAGGUCUGUGCAGCGGAUGUGAAUGUCCUGAAGAAUCAGGUGGAAAAACUGAUACAAAAUCAAUUCGUAUAACAAUGUUUUGAGUAAAAUGUUGUUUUUUUUUUCCUGGUGAUAGGCAUGUAAAAAUAAAUCCCAGACAUUGAUCUGCAGUACAAUAGCAUUUUCACUUUUUGGUAAAUACAUCUACAUGUAGAUCCAUUAUCUUUUGGAAUUUCAAGUAACCUGAUCUCUGUAACUGAACAUUGUACCUGCACAUGCUCCUUGGAACCUUAUAAUCUGGAAGUCAAAACGGUAGCACAGUGCAUGGAUCUUUGUGUUGGGCUGUGUUUUGCCCUCGUGAGGGAUUUAUCAGUUUUCACGUCCUCAUCCCUACUUUGAAGUGGAUCAGAAUGUCUGAUAUGCAACUUGGCAAUUAGGAUAUUUGAGCGUAGUUGUUAAGUAAUACAUCUGUAACCAUUACUGGUUUUCUAUUGACUAGAAAGAUGAUUUAUCAUUCAAAUGGCUAUCUUGUAUGGAAGAAGAAGUAAGUUCAUCUGUUAAGACACGGCCAGUGUUUUUACCUCUCUUCCAAGUCCCGUUGUGGACUACAACUAAUUAUAUGCGUCCUGCACCAUCCAAAUUAGAUAAGUGCUCUGUCCUUUCCUCCAUCCC